UGGCGCUGCUGGGACAUGAGGGGGGGAGGUGGGCGUGUUCUCGAGGGGGUGGGCAGGGUAUCGUGCCGCAAGAGAGGCACAGGAAGCCGCACUAGACAUCUGCCUACCGUCCCUCGUGUGUCUUACUCCUUCCCGCUCGCUCGCACCUUCUGCUCCUCCGUCGUGCCAUCGCAGAUGGCAGAGCAACAAGUAAAGAUGCUGAAAUUCAUUGCAUUGAACUGCAUCCUCCUGUUUUCAGCUCCAAGCGUGCGAGCAAAUGCAAUGGAGGAUGCAACACGGGAAGUCAUGGCCAAGCUGAAGCAAGAGUCCUACAAUCUCAACAUCAGACCCUCUGUGGAUGGCGGGCCAACCCAGGUCAACCUACAAGCCUACAUCCGAGAUAUUAGUGUUGACGACGAGAAGAUGGAAGCUGAUAUCGUCCUCACGUUCAGAAUGGCCUGGAAUGACCAUCGCCUCGCCUUCAGCACACCAAAUAUCGACUACGUGAACAUCCUGGAGCCGCACUUGGCCUGGCUGCCCGACGCCUUCUUCAAGAACGCCAUCACCACGCAGCUCGAAGCCAUCUACCCCGAGAGCUACCUCAGGGUCUUCCAAGACGGCCGCAUCAUCUACAGCACCAGGAUGACUCUGAGGCAAAGAUGUCCGAUGAACCUGGUCUCUUUCCCCCACGACAGCCAGUCCUGCGUCGUCCGCAUUGCAAGCUAUGGUUAUACUGCUGCCGACGUUAACUUUACGAUGAGUAGCAACGAAGUUAAGAUUGCAGAUAACCUCAGUGUCGAGAGGUUCACACUUGGGGGCGUAGAAACUAGUUACUGUACAAGCAAGACUAGCACAGGCGAGUACAGCUGCGCCCAGAUCAACAUCAACCUGUCGAGGAAAUUCGCGACCUACCUGCUGGAGUGGUACGUCCCCAUCUUCCUCCUGAUCGUCGUGGCCUGGUUCUCGUUCCUCAUCCCCGCCGACCAGUUCCUCGCCCGCCUCCUCCUCACGCUCAUCCCCCUCAUCACCUUGUCCUCCUUCAAUAACGUCUUCAGGCAGUCGCUGGCUUCGGUGAACUACACGCGCGCCCUGGACGUGUUCAGCGGCUUCUCUACCAUCUCCAUCUUCGCCUCGCUCGUCCACGUCAUCGUGUGCUACGUUCGGGGCGGCGGAGAAGCGGACGCCGGCAGAGACGGCCUCGGUGGCAGUGCGAAGAGAGCUACCCUGAUGAAAUUCCUUCCCCUGAUUAUCCACGUGUCUUGCUAUGUCUUCUUCCUCUUCAUUUACUUCAUUGUCUACAGCUUCACUGGCUAAACGUGACGAUGCGCAAAGCCUUCUCUUCUAGCUGAAUCAGCUGAGCGCAUGUAUCGUCAGCUGAUUUCUUUUCCUUGGGUAGAUCCGGUGGCAUCCAUAGUGUGUGUGUCGUGUGUUGUCGUCUUCAGUAGAGCUCGAAAUUAUGUAUCUAUUCCGUAUUUGGUUCUUUCUUUUUUGGUUCGUUUGUCCUCAUUUUUUUCGGUGAUAAUGUCGUACUUUGACCACACAUUUGUAAGUAAAGAAUAUACAAAGGUGUAGUUCUUAUUUCCCUUGAACACAGUGAAAAUAUUUCCAAUCAGCUACGCCUGCCACACUAACCGUAAUCAAGAAAUUAUGGAAAAAUAAAUCUAUUAAUUCUAGCGCUAGGAAAGACAUUGUGUGGCAUUAUGUCUAAAAAGUUGGAAGAUUUAACUAUCGUUUGAAGUUUGAAUUGGAGACCUCGAUCCAGGUAUGGUGAUUAUGAUUAUAUGCAUUAUUGUGUCAAGGAUACUCGUGAAAAAAAUCCAUGACUAUUAAAAGUUCUCAAGGAAA